CCGCCGCCUCCCGCCGCAGGAAUUAUCGUGGUUCUAAUGUUGCCCUGCUGUUGGUGGUGUCCCUGGUUUUGGUGAGCUCCUGCUGGCGGUGUGAGUGUGUGCGGCUCCUGCUGCAGCUCUGGUGGUGAGGGUUUCACUGUAAGGGCGGCCCCUGUGUCCCUGCCUCACGAUACAUGCAAUCCGUAUAGCAUGUAGCCUGCCCGUGUGUGUGUGUGUGUGUGUGUGUGUGUGUGUGUGUGUGUGUGUCGCCCCUCGAGAUGUGCAAUGCAUGAGAAGGGCGUCUGACCUGAUGCACGUCUGUCGCGUCUCCUUCCCCAACAGUCUCACGCCGCUCGAGAGUCGGCACGCCAGCAAGGCCCACGCACCCACGCCUGCACGCACCCCCGCCCCGCCAGACAGAGAGGUAGAAAAGAAACAGUACGUCGUGUUGUUCGUUGCCAUUAAGUCACUGGAAAACUGCCUGCAUCCGCCUGCCUUACCAGUAUUGCGGUGCCGGUUUCCCAAGCCUCACGCAAGCGCAAAUGCCUUCAGGAUCGACCCGUGCCGCCGCCUGUGAUAUCUUGCUGGACGUUCAAAGUUCACUGUGUUGAAGGGACUUCCAAUGUGCCUUGCGAUCCAUAGCGGCAGAUUGAACAAGGUUAUGGGCGUAUGACGUGAUACAGCGGUGGACACGAGUCAAUAUGUCGGUGGGAUGCAGUGUCCGGAGGCCGCUGGCAGCGUUGUCGAUUGCCGGUGGGGGGUGGUGGCCGCGGAUCUGUCAGAGCCGCCUUGGCUGUGGUCGAGUCAACAGGCAAGAGCGGCCGCGUCACAGCCGGCCAUUCCCACCGGGCAGCCUCCACUGCCACAAGCACACGCGGAUGCCUCCUCUCCACGUGCCCGAGCAUGGGGAGCCGUCAGCCUAGACCUCAGUGUUUUGUGUCGCUGUCCAGGCUGCUGUGUCCCGCCUUAGUCAUUUGUACGCUUUAAAAAGAUAGCAAAUUGUUUACCAAAUUGUUGAAACUUGUGUAGUACUGGGAGUUAGGAGACGCUGGUGGAGUACAAGCCGGGCACUAGUACUAGUCAUCGUACACUGUCGCCGUAGUGGUGUUGUGUUGAAUUGUACGAGUGGUAGGCGAUCGCGGUGUGGCCUAAGGGGAGUGUUGUGUUACUGUGCUGCCGCGUCAGUGUGAGUGAGGGCCGGUGUGCCGCACUGCACGUGUUCGUAUGUGCUGCACCAGUGUUGCCGGCCGCCUGCCUCCCUCCGUCAGCAGCGUGGCGGCCCCUGCCUGCUGCCGUCAGUGUUGCGACGACCACCUGCACGAGUGUCCUCGCCCGCACAGUACUGAGUGACCGGUGUGUCCUGGCUAGUGUGGCCAGCAGCGGUAGGCGCUCGGGGCAGCCCCCGGCGAGGGCGGCGGAGCCCGGCAGCGGGCGUGAUGCGUCCCCACGACCCCGCCCUCCAGCAGGCUUCCUCAGGUCGGGAGAGUCCGCGGGCGUGAACCUGGCCGCCAUGACCUGGGUGAGGGCCAGCCCAGCCCCGCCCCUCCUGCUGCUCCUCGUCCUGGCGCCGCUCCUCUACGCCCCAGGUUCCGCGGAGAGCAGCGGGGGGCGGCAGGUGGAGCUGAUUGAGUCCCUUCCCCUGUGGAACACCAGCUACCCGGGCCUCACCGUCAUCCCCGGACCCAGACCCAUUGCUCCUGCCGUCUUCCUCCAAGGUGAAUCCCGGGAGGUGAGGAUGCCUGAGGCUGUGCAGAAGGCAGCGGCGGCCUUGCUGAGCGGCGCGCGGGAGUUCACCAUGAUGGCCACGCUGCAGCAGGAGGAUCGCAACGCCGGCACCAUCCUGGCCUUCUCCAGGGGCAACCAGCGCUACCUGGAGCUGCAGUCGUCAGGGAGGAAGGACGAGAUACGUUUACAUUACAUACACAAUGGUGCUGUUCAUGUUGAAACCUUCCCUUACCGCAUUGCCGACCAGCGGUGGCACAAGGUAUCUGUGGUGGUGAGUGGAACGCAAGUAGAGGUUUGGGUAGAUUGUUCUCGUGUAUACCGCCGGUUGGCCCCUCCUCCCAUGACCAACCUGACAGCCCUGGCCUCCCUGGCACCUCCCGUCGACCCGGCAGACCCCACGCUCAGCCAGGAUCCCACAUUUCGUGACGCCCCCAUGGCCCUCUACCUCGGCCAGCGGAACGCCAAGCAUUUUUUGUUUAAGGGAGCAUUGCAAGAUGUCCGCCUGGUGUCCGGCACUGCGGGAUACCUGCUUCAGUGUCCCCAGGCGGAAGCUGAGUGUCCCACCUGUGGCCAGUUCCAGGUUCUUUCUGACCGUGUGGAUCAGCUGCAGCAGAUGGUGGCGGAUCUGGCGACACGGCUGACCGCCUCGGAGGCCCGGCUGGCAGCGGUGGAGGAGUGUGACUGCCAGAGGUCAUGCCGGGUCAAUGGCACCGUCAGGCAGGAUGGUGCUACAUGGAAGAGUGGCUGCGAAAUUUGUUCUUGUGUGCAUGGUGAAGUAACUUGUCGACCAAUCCCAUGUCCAGCCAAGACUUGCAAGAACCCUGUGUAUACUGAAGGAGAGUGUUGCCCAGUCUGUCUAAAGCAAUGUUCACUGCAAGGUGUUGUGUACGACCACGGAGAGACUGUGUCCCCCCGCCAGUGUGUGGACUGCGAGUGUAGGGAUGGCAAGAUGCAGUGCCGAGGGAUUAACCCUGAAGAAACUUGUCCUCGCCUUAAUUGUCCAGAAGAGGAGCAGUUUACAGUUCCAGGCCAAUGCUGUAAAUUCUGCCCCGGUGUUGACUAUUGUGCUCAAGGUCAUGAUUGUCAUGCCAACGCUACUUGUAUCAAUCUUCAGGCAACUUAUUCUUGCCGCUGCAACGACGGCUUCACCGGAACUGACGGUCGCUCAUGUACAGACAUUGACGAGUGCCGUGUGGUCGGCGCCCAUCAUGGCCACUACUGCCAGGCUCACACCAAAUGUGUCAACACAGUGGGCUCCUACUACUGCGAGUGUGAGGAAGGUUACGUAAGACAGGACGCACUCAACUGUGUUGAGCGUGAUGAGUGCCAGGAAGGCGCGCACCAGUGCCACCAACAUGCCUCUUGCACAAACACUCAGGGUGGCUACCACUGUACAUGUAAUGCCAACUAUACCGGAGACGGUUUUCACUGCAAACCUAUUUGCAAGACUCCCUGUGAGAACGGUGGGGUCUGCAUUGCCCCUGGGGUGUGCAAGUGUCGGAGAGGCUUCAGGGCACCGCCUGUGAGCUGGACGUGGAUGAGUGUGUGCUGGGGCUGCACCGCUGCCACAAGAACUCUCGCUGCGUCAACCUCCCUGGAUGGUACACUUGCCACUGCCUGCCUGGCUACACCUCCCUCUUGGCAGACAACAGUCACCAGCUGCUGUGUCAAGAUGUGGAUGAGUGCAGCACCGGCACCGCCACCUGUCACGAGUCAGCCACCUGCGUCAACACUGAUGGCUCCUUCCUGUGUACCUGUGACAAUAACACAACCUGCUCUCAUGGCUGUGUGGUGAAUGGUGUGGAGCGGCCACAUGGUGAUGUCUGGACUCCCCCUGGAUCUGAGUGUUCAAAGUGCAUGUGUUCAGAGGGAACCGUCACCUGCGAUCGCCUCUCCUGCAACUGUACUGACCCUAAGGUGGAUCUGGCGUGCUGCCCCCAGUGUGA